GCUGAGGCGAAGGGCUUCGCGAGCGGAGAGCGGUGAAAUGGCGGCCGGCGGCGGCGGCGGCAAAGGAAGAGGCCGGGGCUGCCCCCGCCGCCAGGCCACGCUCUUCCAGUCCUGGGCCCCCCGGGAGGAGGCGGCGGCGGCGUCGGAGGCUGCGUCGUCGUCGCCUUCUUGUCCGGGGGGCUUCAUCGGGGGCGCGGCGGGGCAGGUGUGGCUGUUCCCCGGGGGCCCGGGGGCGGAGUGGCGCGGGUACCAGGCGCGGGCGGCGCGGGCGGCGCUGGAGGCCAACACGCUGCUCUGCCUGCCGACGGGGCUGGGCAAGACGCUGGUGGCGGCGGCCGUGGCCCUCAACUUCUACCGCUGGUUCCCCGCCGGGCGCGUCCUCUUCCUGGCCCCCACCAAGCCCCUGGUCGCCCAGCAGCGCCGCGCCGCCGCCGCCCUCGCCGGCAUCCCCGCCAGGCACCUCGCCCAGAUCACCGGAGGCACCCAAAUUGCUGAUCGGAAAGAGAUCUGGCGCAACAAGAGGGUCUUCUUCCUUACUCCUCAAAUAAUGAUCAAUGAUCUCUCCCGUGGGAUCUGUCCUGCAGCCGAAGUUAAGUGCCUGAUUAUUGAUGAGGCCCACAGAGCUCUGGGGAAUUAUGCCUAUUGCCAGGUUGUAAAAGAAUUGUGCAAAUAUACCCAAGAGUUCCGAAUCUUGGCUCUAACUGCCACCCCUGGAAGCGAUGCAAAGGCUGUCCAGCAAGUCAUUUCCAACCUGUUGAUUUCACACAUAGAAUUAUGUACUGAAGAUUCCCCCGACAUUCAGCCUUAUUCUCACGAGCGGCAGGUGGAAAAAUGUGUUGUUCCCCUGGGGAAAGAACUGGUUGAAAUUCAGAAUGCUUACAUCAAGGUCCUGGAAGCAUUUGCAGGCCGACUGAUAAGGCUGCGGGUCUUGUCUCAACGUGAAAUACCUUCACUAACCAAGUACCAGAUAAUUCUUGCCCGGGACCAGUUUAGGAAAAAUCCUCCUUCACGCUUUCCGGGAAUGCCACAAGGUGUCAUAGAAGGAGAUUUUGCUCUUUGUAUUAGUUUGUAUCAUGGUUAUGAGCUGUUGCUGCAAAUGGGAAUGCGAUCAUUGUAUAUCUUCUUAUCUGGAAUUAUUGGAGGAUCAAAAGGUAUGACGCGUGCCAAAAAUGAACUUGGGCGUAAUGAGGACUUUGUGAUGUUGUAUAGUCAGCUGGAAAGCAUGUUUGCAGAGACAAGUGUGUCUUCAGCAGAUGACAGCAACACGACACUAGGAACUGGAAACAAGAAACCAUUCGUUUAUAGUCACCCAAAGUUAAAGAAAUUGGAAGAAGUUGUUGUAGAGCAUUUCAGAUCCUGGAAGGAGCAUGAAGAUGAGAAGAUGCCUGAAGACAAACCUGCAGAUACCAGGGUGAUGAUUUUUUCCUCCUUCCGCGACAGCGUUCAGGAAAUUGCAGAGAUGCUUAGCCAGCACUUCCCUGUCGUGAGGGUUAUGACUUUUGUGGGCCAUUCAACCGGCAAGGGCAAGAGCACCAAAGGCUUUACGGAGAAGGAGCAGCUUGAGGUGGUGAAACGCUUCCGUGAGGGUGGCUACAACACCUUAGUCUCCACAUGUGUGGGAGAAGAAGGCUUGGAUAUUGGAGAAGUUGACCUCAUCAUCUGUUUUGAUGCCCAGAAAAGUCCGAUCCGUCUUGUGCAACGAAUGGGCCGAACUGGACGCAAGCGGCGAGGACGCAUCGUCGUCAUCCUUUCUGAAGGGCGGGAAGAACGAACUUACAAUCAAAGCCAGUCCAACAGAAGAAGCCUCCUCAAAGCGCUUUCUGAAAACAAAGGGCUCCGCUUGUACCAGCACAGCCCUCGCAUGAUUCCAGAAGGCAUCAACCCACAAAUGCACCGGAUGGUGAUCAUGCCUACAGAGGAUGAGCCAGAGAGCUCCCAAAACAGCUCCAAAGAGAGGAAAGGAGAUACUCUCCUUCAGAAGUGGCUUCCCUAUUCCACUGGAGCAGCCUCCAAACACUUUCCAGGAGGAAAGCAACACCACCCAUCUGAAGACUGGGGCCUUACUACAGAAGAAUUUGAAAGAUGGAAUAGGUUAUAUAAAAUAGAACCUGGUGAUGGGAUUAAGAAACCCAUAAUGCCUCAAAGUCACUUUGAAACAUUAGGGGAUGAGGAGAGACAAACAGAAUCGCCAGCUGAAGAGGUGCAUGAGCUCUCUCUGACGGAAUGGAGGUUGGCAGAAUCGCCCUUUCCCGACUUUCUGGUGGACCAUUCAGAUCGUUGCCGCCACUUCAUUAGUAUUAUGGACAUGAUAGAGCAGAUGAGACACGAGGAGGGAGACUGCAGCUACGAACAGAAAAUCCAGCCUUACUUUCACUGGGAAGAUGUUGAUAUCUCAGAUGUUCAGAGGAAGAAAAACUGUCAUGAUGCUGAGAUUGCUCAGAAGAUCUCUUUGUCCCAAAAAACUGGGGUAGAUGUAUCCAGAGCAAAAUGUUGCUCAUCUUCUUUAGAGGAGCUUGAUGCAGAAUGCAUCUCUCUCUUUAAAGCAAGCAGCUUCAAAUCAGUAAACAGGGCUCAAGGGCUGAGUGCAGGUACUGCUGCUCAUGCCACGGAGACCUUUGGCCCUUCAGAUUCCUUCUCAGCAGGCACAUCGUUGCCACUAGUUGACAACUCCAGGGAUCAAAGAUUGCCAGAAGAGAAUAAAGAAAACGUGGACCAACCUACCAGAAUGAGUACUCUCCAAAGAGGCAAGGCUAAUCACAAAAAUGAAGGAUCCAGAGAAGUUCAGUGUCACCCAGAAGAAGAGUGGAGCUCACAGAACAAAGACGGUGUGGAUUCUGGCUAUGGUCGAUUUGCAGAAGAAAACUCACCUCUUUCUUCUCCUCUGUUUUAUUUACCAGCAUCAGAGACUGAUUUUUUUGUGGCUUCAGGCACAAAUACUGAUGAGGACCCUUCUUGGCAAGAAGACAUCCUUAUGAAUGUAGCAAAGCUUCUGUCACAGUCCCCCCCAUCUCUGAAGGAAAUCUUUGAUUUUGAGGGAAAGAGAGAUGGUGAAGGCCAGCAAAUAGGCUCCAUGCAAAAAUGUGUUUCCAGUCUGUCCGUUGGCAGUUUCCCUCCAGAAAACCUGGUAUCUCUCAAGAAUUUGCCUAGUGCACCUCGCAGCAUCUCUGGGCAUAGUGGUGCCCAUGCACUCCGUUCCUUAAGCUGUCCUUUGGAAACAAGUCAUGCUUCUGAGCCUUCUGUUAGCAAAAUAAGUGAUCUUGAUUGGGAUGAAGUUUUUGAGAUUAGUAGUGAAGAGCAGAUGGAGAUGCAGGAAAGAAAACUGCCAGUGACAGAAUGUGGUCUGAAGAUGAACUCUUUGGGAAAGGAGGUUGAGGGAGAGCCUCAAGGAAUGUGUAUAAAGCCUUGGAAAAAUAUGAGCCCAGAUCAAGGAACUGUGCUUUCAUUAGAAGGAGAAUGUUUAGCAGAGAAUAAAUAUUCACCAGAUGGAAAAGGGAAGAAGCCUUCAGUGUUCUCAGACUUGUGUAGUCAAAUCAAUAAUGAAUGGCCACCUAUGGAUGAGCAUGUUCCAGUCAUACAGGUAGAGCCUGCAAAGUCACUGGUAUUCCACAAGAAGGAAACUUUGGAGGCAGCUGGUGAUGUUGACCUUGUGCUGGAAAGAGAACCCCAGCAUCACAAAGAUCUGUAUGAUGCUUCUCAGGAGUUGUUCUCUAUAAACUUUGAUCUUGGGUUCUCUGUUCAGGAAUCAGAGGAUGAGAUCCUGGAGCAAGUAAACACUGGGAAAGACGGAAGAAGCUAUGAUGCAGCGGCUCACUCCACAGGUGCCAAGGCUUCUCCCUUGCAGAACAUAGCUAGGAAAUCCCCAUCAACUGGCAGUAAUGGAUAUUUUGACCAGACCAAGUUCUCCACACCGUUGCACCUGCCAAACCAGAAUUCUGCUUUGCCAACAUUUGAAAAUGUUAUUCCCAUAACAUCUCCUCUGACGCCAGCAGGACAGAAACAAUUCCCAUCACUGGGCUCUGCAAGGCCUGUGUUUUCUACACCAACUGGGAGAGGGGUGGCACCUCUUAGAGGCACUCUGGUGGGUCCUUUCACUCGAACAAUUGAGGGAAGCCCACCUGUGCUCAUGCCAAGCCAAGCCAAGAGCAGCAUAGUCAAAGUCUUGGCCAACUCAGCCUUUCUGGGAGAGAGCUGUGCUUCACAAGCAAAGGAAAAAGCAGAAAAUAAAAGCUUAAAUGGCCCUAACGUGCUUUCUGCUCAAGGGGCUAGCAGUGAAAGUGAAGAGGAAAUUGUUUUUCUCGGGAAAAAUAAGAGGAAAAGAACAAUUUUAACAUCUCCAGAAAAUAACGACAAUGACUUUGAAUCACCAAUUCACGCUGUCAAGAAACGGAGACAUCCACUCAUUGCAUUAGAUUUGUCCGAUGAUGAUGAAAGCACAAAUCUUUCUGAGAAACAGAACCAGUUGCUGGGCGAUGCAAAGAGCUGGAGCAAGAGUCCAGUUCAAGGUGUGAAAAGGCAGAAGAGGAAGGGCAGUGCUGUGCCAGAGCAUGUCGCCAGAUGUUUCAUAGAUGAGGAGGCUGAACUUUCUGAAGACGAAGCUAUGGAGAUUUCAUCUGAUGAGAGUGUGUCCUCACAAGAUGAACUGAGCUCCUCCCUUGCCCAGUUUCUUAAUGAUGAGACAGAGAUCACCCAAGAGUUAAAUGAGUCUGAGAUGCAAGGAGUCUAUCUGAAAUCUGUCCGCAGCCCAGCUGUUGGCAACAGGUAUAAGAUGGUGCAUAAAGGACAACAUUCACUAGCUGUCUUCUCUCAGAUUCCAGAGCAGGAUGAGAACUAUUUGGCAGACAGUUUCUGUGUUGAAGACAAUGAAGAGGACAACCCCAAGAGUGGCUCUACUGAGGAGGAGGAGGAGGAACUGUCUGUCAAUUUUGACCUGUUGCAGGAGGACAGUUUUGCAAACGGAAGGAAGCUAUACUGCACCCGCCGCAGAAAAAAACUGAAGGAGAGACACAAGGAGGAAGAGGAGGGACAGACUCCUCCAUUGCUGCCAAAGAAACUGUCCCGAGUUCGGAUCCUUGAGGAUUCUAGUGAAGAUGAGGGAGGAGUCAGAAGUGAAAGAGGAGUCACAGAACCCACAGCCAUCAUUAAAGCCAAGAGGGGUGCUCACGAUAUCCCAUCACUGGCUUUGGACACCUCCCAGGACCACAGACCCCCUGCGCCGAAGAUGCAGGUCCAGCUGCCCCCAGAAAGCAGGGCCCACAGUCUCCUGGACCAGAAAGUCUCCCUGUCAGAAGAACUGGAUUUCCGCCCUCAGUGCAAAGGCCCAGGCCAGAGGGAGGCCAUGACUGGGGAUCACUGGGCUCCUACCAAGCUGGUGGAAAAGCCUUCAGAGCACAUGUCUGCGCCCGCCUCCUCCUCUUUGGCCACUCGCCUGUUUUCUGGCUCCCUGAAGAACGAAAACGCCCUCUGCAUCCUGGCAGACAGCCGUGAGAUCGCUUCUGGGCCAGAUGUCAUUUCCACUCUGAAAGCCGUACAUGGCAUCAAGGUUCAGGUUUGCUCCUUGGGUGGCUGUGAUUACAUAGUAAGCAACCGUCUGGCAGUGGAGAGGAAAUGCCAGGCAGAGCUCCUCAGUUACGGGCACCGGAGCAAAGUGGCACAGAAGGUGCAGCAGAUGAAGAGCAAGUUUGACCGGAUCUGUAUCAUCGUGGAGAAGGAGAGACUCAAAGCAGGAGACACUAAGAGGGUCUUCCACCGAACCAAGCAGUAUGACGGCAUCUUGUCAGCCUUCAUCCGGUCAGGAAUCCGCGUCCUCUUCAGCUCCUGCCAAGAAGAAACGGCUGACUUGCUGAAGGAGCUGGCUUUGGUGGAGCAACGGAAGAAGGUGGCAAUUGCUGUGCCAACCGAGGUGGAGCGGCAUAAACAAGACGUCCUGCGGUUCUACCUGAGCAUCCCCAGUGUCGGCUACCCACUGGCGCUGGCCUUGUGCCACUCCUUCACCUCCAUCAAAGAGGUGGCCAACAGUUCCCCAGACAAGAUAGCGGCCUGCACCCAGGUGAGCCAGCAGAAGGCAGAGGAAGUCUACCAGUACCUCCACUAUGGCUUCGAUGCCCAGAUGCUGCCCGAGACGAUCCCGUGACCAGCGACUGAGCUUUUAAACAAGAUGCACUUUACUGUUGUCACUUUCCCUCAUUGUAAGAUAUGUAAAUAAACCUGUAUCACAAAA